GAAAACCUCACGACAUCUCUGAGCUUGUUGUUCCCUCUCGGUCUACGGAUUAUUCCCUCUAUCUUAUUUGUGUGAGGAUUUGUACGCAAGUUUUAGUUGCCCCUAUCUCUUGAUCUUCUUACACUCUUUCCGUUCCUGGUUUUCCACGAAAUUGGUCAUGAACGAUCCAUCGUCUUCAAGAGGGGCUACCAUGGGCUCCUUCAAGAGCCCAAGCGAUCAUUGUGCAUCGAAAUCCAAUCAACCGGAGAACGUAGACCACGAUAACAUCAAUGAAUCAAAAGAAUCCUUUGGAUUAUUUCGUUUGAACCCUGAUGAUAGUGUAUCGUCCACCAGGAAUUUCGAGGAGACAACAGAGUCAUUUGAUGCCGACAUAAUUGCAAUUCAUGGACUAGGUGGUACAGCAUUCAAGACUUGGACUCAUAGCAAUGGCAAGAAUUGGCUCAGUGAUUUUGUGCCGAGCGAGUUUCCAGGGGCAAGGGUUUACACUUUCGGUUACGACUCUGGUUUUGCGUUCUCUCGUGGUACUGGGACUUUGGACGACUUUGCGAGAAGCUUUCUAGAAGCUGUAAAGCUAGAGAGAAGGAGACCCGAUCAGCAACGUCGUCUUCUGGUGCUCGUAUGUCACAGCAUGGGUGGCAUAGUUGCAAAAUUGGCAAUUACUAUGGCAAAAUCGAAACCUGAAAACUACCCUGGGAUUGGAAAUGCCAUAGCAGGAAUACUAUUUCUCGGAACCCCACACCAUGGGUCAGGGUAUGCUAGAUAUGGCAACAUAAUGGCGAAAACAGCGAAUGUCCUCGUAGUCGGCUUGCAGGCAUCAAGACUUCUAGGAAAGAUGCGAUCCGAUCUUCUGGGAACCUUGGAAAAGCACUCUCCUGAAUUGGCGGCUGCGGCUGAGGAUUUCAAGAAACAUGCAGCCGAUAUCAAGAUUAUAUCGUUUGUCGAAGGCAAGAAGACAUUGGGACUAAAUGAGAGAGUUGUCGACGACCAAAGCGCUCAUCUAGGCUCUCCCUUAGAACGAAAGAUUCUUAUGCCAGGAUAUGACCACAAAGCGCUCUGUAGACAUGCUUCCACUGGUGAUCAGGGAUUGAAGCUUAUUUUCUCCGAAAUCAGGCAAUGUUUGCCUAAAAAUUCACUUGCCAAAGCUACUCAGGCCCCCUACUUUCCCUUCCAACGAAACUUCGAUUUUGUGGGGCAACAAAAUAUUUUGCAAGUUUUACUGGACGACUUCAGCAGACAUCCUAUGGAUCGGGAAGUGGCGCUCUACGGCCUUGGUGGGAUCGGGAAAUCUCAGAUUGCUGUGGAAUAUGCCUACAACCUGCUGGAAAGAAAUCCGGAAACUCUCAUCUUCUGGGUUUUCGGAGGCAGUAAGGAGAGAUUUGAACAGGAUUACUUAGGAAUUGCGAGACGAUUGCAACUGCCUGGUUUUCAUGGAUCAACUGUCGAUGUCUUAGCUCUUGUCAAGACAGCCCUGGAAAAGAGAUCAAACUGGGCUAUGAUAAUUGAUAAUGCGGACGACUCAACAACUCUAUGGGGAACAUCGAAGGCCAAUUAUUCAGAAACGUCUAUCCAAAAUGAUUCUACUGAUCGUGAAGGCCUUGCAAAAUAUAUUCCACGCGGCCUGAAUGGAUUCAUUCUUUAUACGACCAGAACAAAAGAUGAUGCACUAAGAUUGACUGGCGAGGGGCAAGUUAUUAAAGUAAGCGAAAUGGAUGAGGAGGAUCUCAAAUCCCUUCUCAAGAGUAAGUUUAAAAAUGAGGCGUUCAGCGACAAUGAUCUGACACGCCUGAUUACUACACUCGACCGUUUGCCACUUGCAAUUGUACAGGCGGCUAGUUUCAUACGACAUAAAUCGUGGUCGAUUACGCAAUACUUGACGAACUUUGAGGCCGAAGGAUCUGUGUCGUCUUCUGGGCCCCUCUUGCACGAUUUCCGGGACAAGACACGAGAUUAUAAAGGGAACAAUCCUGUUUUUAGGACAUGGAUAAUUACAAUGAAGCAGCUGGAAGAACAGGAGCCCAAGGCUGCCGACCUGCUUCGACUAAUGUCUUGUUAUAAUCGGCAAGACAUACCCCACGAUCUUCUUCUUGGACCAGAUUCCAAUUCGAUUGGUUAUCAGGAAGAAAAGGCCAAUAAGAACUACUAUCUGGCAAUGUCAAUUUCCACUCUCUUGUCCUAUUCGUUUUUAACUGUUUCAGAGGGGCCCAGAGGCCAAAGGUACACACUUCACCGCCUAGUGCAGAAGUUCAUUCAAUAUCGGCUUGAAGAUCUUGGCAUUGCUGACAAGUGGGCCACCAACGCCCUCGAUUUCCUCGUGAGCGUCUUUCCUUUGGAGGAAUACGAGUCCUGGGAACUCUCAGCUGAACUUCUGCCACAUGUUCAGGCUAUGGCGGAAUACAAAAUGAAUUCAAACCUACCGGCGGGUAAACUUGGAAUACUUUUGACAGCAGCAUCAGCGUACUUGAGGAGGAAAGGACAACUCCAAAGAGCCGACAAAUAUAUAACCCUUGCAUUGACGACCCUUCGCACAAACCUUGGCAAUGACGACCCUACAACCAUCGAUGCAUUAUGCGAACAAGGACACUGUUUUCAGGAUUUGAAGCAAUAUGAACGAGCGGAGAAGGUUUACUGUUCAGCUAUCGAUUCUUAUUCCAGAGUUUUCGGCUCACAGGACGUCAAAAUUUAUAAGGCAAAGAUUUUCCUGAGUGGUAUUUUACGGAUUCAAAAAAGGUACCCCGAAGCCGAAUCAGAAGCUAGAAUUGCUCUUAGAGAACUCAAAAACUUUGAUGGCGAAGAAGCUGAACGAGCGCGACUUCUGGGCGAAAAUUCUCUUUCGAAGGUCCUGGGAGAUACUCGACGUUACGACGAUGCUAUUCGAAUCCAACGUAACCUCGACAUAUCACUUACGAAUAAGUACGGCCCUGAACAUCCUAGGGUUUUUAACAACCUUCAUGAUCUUGCUGUCACACUAAUGAUGAUUGGUCAGCCGACUGGGCUGAAGGAGGCUAGGCAUAUAAGUCAACGGGUGAUGGACCUAUGUGAGAAGAUGUAUGGGCCAGAUCAUCAUCAAACGGCAAAUAUCGUCUAUAAUUAUGGCCUUGUAUUGAUGAAACAAGCUUAUUUCGAGGACGCUGAUGCAUACCUUAAACGCGCACUUCGUUUCUUCAACACCCAUGGUGGAGAAAUUUACCCACUCGAAGCGCUGAACUGUAUUAGCUAUCUGGGUGUGAGCCAGGAGAGCCAGGGACACUACAUCGAAGCACUGAAAUACUGUGAAAGCAGGUAUAAGAUCUCGCUGAGCAGCUUUGGUGUGACACAUGAGAGGACUCAAUUGGCUCAGAGGGAAAUAGCCAGGAUCCAAGGGCUCAUCCACCAUGAUCCAAAUUCAAGCAGUCGUCAGCACAGCACAGAUAUACCAACACACUACGUGUCUGGCGCCAACAUGGCGGCUAACGGGAAUUGCUAUGGUUCGAUGAGAAGUCAGUACCGCAUAGCAGAGGCACGCAAACAAGACGACCCCUAUGCCUUUGCUUUUCCGCCUUACCAAAGUAAGAAACAUGCUCGAUCGGAUACUAUAAUGUUUUCCAGCGGUGCUAGCGUGUCAAAUGAUGGAAGAGAAAGUAAAAAAAAACGAUUAUAGGCCUAUCUAUAUAUCUCGUUGUUGUUCCUUUAGUAGGACUUUUGAGGAAAAGAGAUCAAGUAUAAGGAGAUGCAACUGGUUUCUUUCAUUCCCUUAGCUUUUUAUUUAUCUUCGCAUUAAUACCACGGUGCUUUGAAGCUUUCAAGUAGAGUAACUUUAACGCGAGACGAGAUGCUUCUUAAGGUC